AUGGUUCUUGUUGAUCAUUUCUGUCUACCUAGCCUGACGUUUCGGGACUUUGCAGCGUUCACCUGUGUGCUUUAGAAAGCCCGUCAUUUGCCUAUGCAGAUCAGGGGCUCAGUCUUUGUCUCUGGGACCCAUUGCAGCGUUUUCUCUGCCUAUAAAGCAUGUUGGGUUCCUGAAGUAACAGCGAGCACCAUGUGAGCAGGAGGCCCAAAAGGCAGAAAGGAGGCAAAGCAAAAGAAGAGAGACAACCCCCCUGCCCAACCUUGGGGGUGAAUGCCAAAAUGUCAGUGCUUACCCCUAUCCUGACCCCUCCUGAGGUGAAGAAGUACAUGACUGAAGGUGAACGCUUUAUCAAGUGGGAUGACGAAUCUGCAAAUGCUUUUCCUGUCAUUCUACGGGUGGAUCCAAAGGGAUUUUAUCUGUAUUGGACAUUUCAAAAUAAGGAAAUUGAAUUUUUGGACAUUACAAGCAUCCGAGAUACUAGAGUGGGGAAAUUUGCAAAGAUUCCUAAAAACCACAAGCUCCGAGAAGUUUUCAAAUUGGAUUUUCCAAACAAUAACUUUCUUCACAAGAUAUUGACUGUGGUUUCUGGUCCUGAUAUGGUGGACCUCACAUUUCACAAUUUUGUUUCUUAUAAAGAAAAUGUUGGAAAGAACUGGGCAGAUGACCUCAUGGACUUCGUUAGGAACCCCUUUAUAUAUAAUGCUUCCCGCUACACUUUCUUGGAGAAAAUUCUGGUGAAACUGAAGCUGCAGCUGAACGCUGAGGGGAAAAUUCCUGUCAGGAAUAUUUUUCAAAUGUUUCCUGCAGACAGAAAAAGGGUAGAAGCAGCAUUAAGUGCCUGUCAUCUUCCAAAGGGGAAGAAUGAUGGCAUCAACCCAGAGGACUUUCCUGAAGCAGUGUUUAAGACAUUCCUGAUGAACCUAUGUCCUCGGCCAGAUAUUGAUGAAAUAUUUACCUCACACCAUUCAAAAGCCAAGCCAUACAUGACGAAAGAUCACUUGACAAAAUUUAUCAACAAGAAACAGCGAAAUUCCCACCUCAAUGACACGCUUUUCCCUCCUGCCAAACCAGAUAGAGUGCAGGGUCUCAUAGAAAAAUAUGAGCCCAGUGGGAUGAAUAUUCAGAGAGGACAGCUGUCUCCUGAGGGAAUGGUUUGGUUCCUGUGUGGCCCUGAAAACAGCAUCGUAUCACAGGACAAACUGUUGCUGUACCAAGAUAUGAACCAGCCACUCUCCCACUAUUUCAUCAACUCAUCCCACAACACUUACCUAACAGCUGGACAAUUUUCUGGAAUCUCAUCCCCUGAAAUGUAUCGCCAAACUCUCUUGGCUGGUUGUCGCUGUGUGGAACUUGAUUGCUGGAAGGGACGUCCUCCAGAUGAGGAGCCUAUCAUCACCCAUGGGUACACUAUGACAACUGAAAUACUGUUCAAGGAUGCAAUUGACGCUAUUGCAGAAAGUGCUUUUAAAACCUCUCCCUACCCAGUAAUCCUGUCUUUUGAGAACCAUGUGGAUUUACCUAAGCAGCAGGCUAAGAUGGCUGAAUACUGCAGAACCAUCUUUGGGGACAUGCUGUUGACAGAACCACUGGAAAAAUUUCCACUAAAACCAGGAGUUCCAUUGCCAAGUCCUCAGGAUCUCAUGGGGAAAAUCUUGAUUAAGAACAAGAAGAACCAAUUCAUGCCUGGGGAGAACCAAGAUAUUCUGAAGAAGAGGAAGAGUCUGGAGGAUGAAGUCACAGAACAACCCACACCAAUAGAUAAGGAUAGCACAGCCAAGCCAGUUGAGGAGAAUGAAGAAGUGCCUGAAGCAGAGGGAGAUUUGGAAAACUUAAAUGAGGAAGAGAUUAAAAAGCUACAGUCUGAUGAGGGUACUGCAGGUCUGGAAGUUACUGCUUAUGAAGAAAUGUCCAGUCUGGUGAAUUACAUCCAACCCAUCAAAUUGGAGAGUUUUGAAAUUUCAGCACAAAAGAACCAGAGUUAUGUUGUUUCCUCCUUCACUGAGUUGAAGGCGUAUGAGUUGUUGACCAGAUCCCCCAUCCAGUUUGUAGACUAUAACAAAAGGCAGAUGAGCCGAAUUUAUCCCAAAGGGACCCGGAUGGAUUCAUCUAACUAUAUGCCACAGAUGUUCUGGAAUGUUGGGUGCCAAAUGGUGGCAUUAAACUUUCAGACAACAGAUGUCCCCAUGCAGCAGAACAUGGCUCUCUUUGAAUUCAAUGGGCAGAGUGGCUAUCUUCUUAAACAUGACUUCAUGUGUCGUCCAGACAAGCAGUUUGAUCCUUUUUCAGUGGAUCGCAUUGAUGUAGUUGUGGCAAGCACUCUGUCAGUCACCAUCAUUUCUGGCCAGUUCCUCUCAGAACGCAGCGUGAAGUCCUAUGUAGAGGUGGAACUCUUUGGCCUGCCAGGAGAUCCAAAACGUAGAUAUAGAACCAAAGUAACUCCAAACGCCAACUCAAUCAACCCUGUUUGGAAUGAAGACCCUUUUGUGUUUGAAAAGAUUUUGAUGCCAGAGCUGGCUUCUCUCAGAAUUGUAGCUUUGGAGGAAGGCGGGAAGUUCAUUGGUCACCGCAUCAUCCCAGUCACUGCUGUGUGCUCUGGCUAUCACCACGUUUGCCUUCGUAGUGAGAGCAACAGGCCCCUUACAAUGCCUUCUCUCUUUGUCUACGUGGAGAUGAAAGAUUAUGUUCCUGAUUCAUGGGCAGAUCUCACCAUGGCUCUAUCCAACCCAAUAAAGUUUUUUAAUGCACAUGAUAAAAAGAUGAAGAACCAAGAUGCUAAUAAUGAGACACCCGGUUUGGGAAAGAAUCUUUCAAUCAAUGGGAUACCUAACAUCGUAGGAAGCUGUUACACUCCUUCAAAUGGCCCUGCAGGAACCUUGAUCACACCAAAGGAAGGAACCAUGAAAGAAGCUGCAAAAUUAACUACAGAGCCACAGACAGCCAGCAUUGAGGAGAUACAGGAGAUGAAAAAUUUUGGGAAGCUCUUGAAGAAGCAAGAGAAGGAACUGAAGGAGCUGGAGCGGAAGAUGACAAAGCGCAAGGAAGAAUUACUACAAAAAUAUGCUGCUUUUUUCACUGAGGUGGUUUGCCAGCCUGGCAGAAAAGAAAUGUUGUGCCCAUCAAAAGCUCCACGAAGGAAAAGGUUACUUUUGGAUGAAAGCAGCACGAAAGGAAAUGCCACAGAGAUGACAGAGAAUGCUGACAAUAAAAUGACAGAGCUAAAGGAGAAGUUGGAAGAAGAAUUACUCCAGCUGGGAGAAGAGCAAUAUGAUGCAAUCUGGAAGAAGAAAGAUCAGCAUGCCACAGAGAAAGUUGCUAAAAUGUUGCAACUUGCAAGAGAGAAGCAAGCAUCUGAGCUGAAGGCAUUAAAGGAGACUUGGGAAAGUGACACUAAAGAAAUGAAAAAGAAACUAGAGGCGAAGAGACUGGACAAAAUCCAAGCCGUGGUUAAGAAUGCUGAUAAGGGUGCUCAGGAAAGGUUAAAAAGAGAAAUCAAUAAUGCACAUAUUCAGGAAGUUGUAAAAGCAGUCAAGCGGAUGAAUGAGAAACAGUCAAGGCACCAACAAGUCCUGGAAGCAAAGCAGUCAACCUGCCUAGGAAAGAUCAAGGAAAAGGAAAGCCAGCUCCAGCAGGAGGCAUUUGCCGAGUAUGAAGACAAGAUGAAAUCUAUCAGUGCAGAGGUGCAAGAUUUAGUGAAGAACUGUAUGAAAGUUUCUUGCCCUGUGGAAGCUGACAUGGCAAAGAGAGAGGCCCUCAGGGCUGCCAGUGAGGGAGACCAAGGGCUAAACCAACAGCUAUAUGAGAACCUGGUGACCGCUGAGACUCUAAGAUAUGCAACUGAGGUGGUAAAGGAGGAUGUCAUCGUGGCUGAAGAAUCCACGGAUGCUCAGGACAGCAGAUUAAAUAUGAAGGAUUAGAACUGGAAGAUUCAAUGGACGGAACAGUCUUCAUACAAUGUAUCUGAGAAAGGAAGAAUCCACUCAAGUAGAAAUAAUUGCGUCCCCUCAUAAGGCUCAGAAAUGAUUGCUAAGAUGCUUGGAAAUUCCUUAACAUUGUAACGAUUUAUUCAGUUUGUCAACAAAAAAU